AUGAAUACCUUGCUGGAGACACUCCAUCGCGACCGCAGGGAAACAAGGAACCGCCUCCGCUUCUUUUGGUGGAUCCUUAUUGCCGCCUUCGUCUGGGAGGUCCUACCCGAGUACGUCAUGCCGAUUCUGACCGGUAUCAGCAUCUUUUGCUUGGCGAAGCAGGAUAGUAUGGUCUUCACCAAUAUCUUUGGCGGAUCUAACGGCAAUAAAGGACUUGGAAUACUGUUGCUAGGGUUGGAUUGGCAGUUUAUCUCCAGCAAGCCGUUGUGGACGCCGCUCGCGACCUUGACAAACAGCCUGGCUGGGUAUAUUAUCUGCAUCUUUCUAUUCCUCGGCGUCUACUACAGGAAUACGGAAAUCCUCAAUAACGAGAAUAUGCUGCAGCCGUCUGCACUGGAAACCGAGGGUAUUUCUUUCUUUGCGGGGACUUAUGCUAUGUUCCUCUUUACGACCAACCUUGCUAUUACUGCAACCGUUAGUCAUCUCUUGCUCUGGAACUGGAAUGAUCUUAAGACUGGGUACUCGUUCCUCUCAUCCAGUAGCCUUCGGCAGCUGCUCUCGCCACGGUCAUGGAACCUGAGAUUCUGGCAAUCUUGA